CACAAGGCUGCCACAGUGACUCUCCGUCCACCAACCGUCCACUCCCCUUAGGCUACAGCCAGUCCUGGCUGGUCUGUUCUCCCAGUGCUGUGUAUUUCUGGAACUUGACUGGGCUGGAGCUGGAAUACUGUUCACAUUCCUCACCUCGUCCUCGGUGAGAUGAACAGACUCUGCAACGCGAUAUGCUCGCGUUGCCGCCAUGACCUCCUCCGACCGAGCGCUGCUGGAUCCAAGCUCUUCAGCAGAGGGCGUUCAGCGACAGCUGUCAAUAGGAGACUACCCAUCAGGUCGAAGGCCAUACCUCAUGCCUCCGGCUUUGGUGCACCGCCGUUGAAGAAGCCGGAGACAUCACCCCCCGAGCCACUUCUCUCGCAUACCAGCGUCGAGAGCCACCUCGCAAACAACGUCAAGAUGUGGGCCAGCGAGCAACGCCUGGUGUACAGGCUGGAGAGCUUCGGGUUUAGUGACCCCGACAUCGGGCCAAUGAUAACCUGCUUCAUGACUGCCGUCAGACAAAACGCGGUCAUCUCUGCGCUCGGUUAUGACGAAGAAUACUUGACACGGAUGGCGGACGACCUCUCGCAACCAAGCGAGAAGUUCGAUAUGCUCGACAGGUGGCUCACGAAGCUGCUCUUCGAGUGGGGUGACCACCCCGCAGGACGGGCUGCCCUGAAGGACGUUGUCACACCCUCCACUAUUUCCAAGCUCUCCGAGCUAUUCCAGGCCGCGGACAUGUCGAAACUCAUGAAUUUAUAUCCCAUGACGCGAUCUUCACGGCGACGCAAGAUCAUCAUGCACGUCGGCCCGACCAACAGCGGCAAGACGCACCACGCUCUCCGGGCGUUGGCUGCAGCGAGGACGGGGGUGUACGCAGGGCCCUUGCGGUUGCUGGCCCACGAAAUCUGGGAACGACUGAACAAAGGUCAGAUCAUCCCGGCUGGCGUUGAAGCCGAUGAGGAAGAGGUCGACAAAGACCCCUCGAGCACGUUCGACGUCGGUACUCAGCCGAUCAUUCGGAAGAGCGGAGACAAGCGGUAUGCGAGGAUAUGCAACCUAAUCACGGGCGAGGAGCAGAAGAUCGUUGACGAGAACGCGACUCUCACGAGCUGUACCGUGGAGAUGGCGUCCAUCACGCAAAGAUUCGAAGUUGCAGUCGUCGACGAAAUCCAGAUGCUGUCCAACCCGGAACGUGGCGGAGGCUGGCUUCGUGCCCUCCUGGGCCUCAACGCUGCAGAAGUGCAUCUUUGUGGAGAGGAGACGGCUGUUCCCCUUGUCAAAUCCCUCCUCCGCGACAGCGGUGACGAUAUAGUGGUGAAACGCUAUGAGCGCCUCACCCCGCUUCGGGUGGAGGACAGUAGUCUUCACGGUGAUCUAAGCAAGAUCAAGAAGGGCGACUGCCUUGUAACCUUCUCCCGCAAGCAGAUUUUCGCGCUCAAGAAAAGCAUCCAGGCAUCGACUGGGAUGCAAUGUGCAGUUGCAUAUGGCCGUUUGCCCCCGGAGAUUCGCAGCGAACAGGCUGCGUUGUUCAACACGCCGGGUAGUGGAUAUGACGUGCUGAUUGGUAGCGAUGCCAUCGGAAUGGGAUUGAAUCUGAAAAUCAAACGUAUCGUGCUAGAAGCAGUCCAUAAGUGGAACGGGGUUCGACAAAUCCUUCUAUCGAACUCAGAUAUCAAGCAGAUCGCAGGUCGCGCCGGACGCUAUGGGAUGCACGGCGACAGUAACGCUGGCGGCACCACCACAACUCUGUACCAACCUGACCUUCAAAACCUCCGCCGCGCCCUCGCUGCCCCGAUAAAGUAUCUCAAGCAAGCUCGCAUCUCAACAUACGGGGAUACGUACAAGGCCGUGGCUGCUGUGCUGUCCGCAGAUACCGUACCGGUGACGAUCGCGGACGUGUUCUACUACGUGGCGAAGCUGCCUCCGAAUUGCGAGCUCGAGGACGUGCGCAAGAUGCGCCUGCGGUACGGGGCCUUCAACGAGAAACAAGGGGACAUGACUUUGGAUGCCCAGUUAGUCUUCCACAUGUCGCCCACGCCCUCCCAUGAUCCUCUGGCACAAACAGCUCUCCGCGCGGCGAUACGCAUAUACUGCGAGGAUUUCCGCGUUAGGCUGAAGGAUGUGCUACGGGAAGCGAGCCUCCUCGAGGAGUACGAAAAGGCGAUGCAAAUUGUCAAGGAGGGGAGUUCGAUUGGCAAUACCCAGCACGCACUUGAGACGUUGGAGUCGGUGCACAAAAUCAUCGUCAUGUACUUGUGGCUGUCCUACCGUUUCCCGGUGGCGUUCAUCGACCAGGAAGAGGCCUUCAAGCGGAGGGACGAGACGGAGCAGGCUAUGCAGAGGUGCUUGGAGCUUGUCAGCGUGGUCAAGCGAGGGAAGCAGCGUCCGAAGACCAUCUUGAGGCAAGACGAACCGAUUAAGUACACGACUCACUCCGCCCUCCGUCUUGCAGCCUUCCAGAAACGUUCGGACAUCCUUGAACAUCACAAGGAUCUUUAUCAGCAACCGGGUGCCCCCCACGAGCUGAAGAAGGACGCGCGGAAGUAGGCUGUACCACGUGAGCGUGUUACGGCAUCCGCCGUGGUUGGAUUGGCCCAUCCCCCUACCCCGAUCGCACCUCACAGAACGCACCCACCUACUCUUACC